GGCAUUUCUGCCUUACCAUACCUCGGCAAGUGGAUAAUGGGUUUCCCGAUCGGUUGGCUGUCGGAUCUAGCGAUGCGUCGAUACGGCGUACGCGUGGAAGUGGUGCGCAAGGUGGCCAACACGAUCGGCAUGUGGGGACCGGGUGCGGUACUGCUCGUCCUCUGCUUCGUCGACGUGAGGAACGAAGUCGCCGUCAUCUCUUGCCUCGUGGUCGCCGUCAGUUUGAACGCCGGUGUUCUGAGCGGAUGUCUCAUUACUUUGCUGGACCUGUGCCCCAACUACUGCGGCACCCUGUACUCGAUUCUGAACACGAUCGCCAAGGGUUUCGGAUUGCUGGCGCCGAUCGUUUGCGGGGCCAUCGUUACCGAUCAGAAAAACGUCCAGCAGUGGAACAUAGUGUUCUACAUCUCAGUGGGCGCUUACUUUUUUACGAACCUGCUCUUCGUAAUUUUUGCGAAGGCUGAGAAGCAGCCGUGGAACGAGCCGAAUCAUCAAACGAGCCAAAGUUGCAGAAUCUCUACUAUUUCCGGUCCUUGCUGACAAACCUGUAAAUCUUUAAAAUAUAUUUUGUAAAAAUU